AACCAUACAACAGCACACGACUACUGUACGAGGAGAUCCCAUUAGCUCAGUUCCCGGUAUUAAACUGAGAGCACCGGCACCUCGUGAAGAGCAUACAUUGUUUCCCGAUGUCCAGGCCAUGUCCGGCGGACGGGCAGAGCUAGCCUGCAAUGUAUCGUUACCGUCGGCCGACGAUGCCGUAACACUGGUACUAUGGUAUCGGGCGGACACUAUGGGUGUACCYAUCUAUACAGUCGAUGCCCGAUCAAGUCCUAUUGAUCGGGCAUCGGCAUCGGCAUCGGCAGCCGUACAUACACCGAUGGCCAGUAUAUUUGGCACUACCACCAAUCGGGCACAGUUUGAUUUGACUGUCGAACCGGCCGUACUUCGGAUAGAACCGGUAGCCGAUGACGACGGCAUGGAGUACAGGUGCCGUGUAGACUAUCGAUGGGGCCGUACGAUGAGCUCAUUUAUUACAUUGGUUGUUAUAGUGCCUCCCAAAAGUUUGGUUAUCAAAAAUGAAAAAAAUCAAAUCCAAACGGGACUUAUCGGACCAUACAAUGAGGGACAGGAUAUCAAACUUGUCUGUAUUGCUGAAGGAGGUCGGCCCAUACCAUAUGUGCACUGGUAUAGAGAUAAUGAACUAAUUGAUGACACCUAUAGUACUAGUAGUAGUAGCCAGGGCACCGUUAGUAAUAAUAAUAAUAAUAAUACUAUUCAAAUAUACAACGAACUGGCCAUCAAUAGGCUAUCGAGAAUAAUGUUCAAUAGUGUACUAUCGUGUAGGGCUGGCAAUAAUAUUAGCAAACCUAUCAGUGCCCGGCUAACCAUCGAUGUCAACCUUAAACCAAUCGAUGUUGAAAUACUUAACGCCAGACAUACGCUGAUUUCCGGCCGGGAAGUGGAGAUGAGCUGCGAAUCGCGGGGCAGUCGACCGCCCGCACAGAUCACAUGGUUUAAGGACAAUCGGGAGCUGACAUACUCUAGGGAAAGUAUAUCACACGACGGAAAUGUGACCACAAGCCUACUGAAGCUGAAUCCCCAGGUGCUGGACAAUGGCGCCUAUCUAUCGUGUCGUGCAGAAAAUCUACGAUUAGCUAACAGUUCAAUAGAGGACGGCUGGAAGCUUAACGUGAUCUUUAUACCAAUAGUUAGCCUACUAUACAAAGGUAUGUCCAUCGAUGAAUCGACAGUAUCAUCACCACUAUCACUAUCACCAUCAUCAGCACCAGUAGCCUUAGCCUCAGCACCGGUAGUCGUCGUUGUCAACGAUGGCGAUGAGAUUAUAAUGGAGUGUUCAAUAAAAGCCAAUCCAUUAGCCAAAGUCGUACUGUUCACACACGACGGCAUCCAAUUAGUUACUGACUCUCAGUCAGGUAUUAUCGUCAAUAAUUCAUCGUUGGUUAUAACCAGUGCCCGGCCAGUACACAAAGGCAGCUAUCAGUGUCUGGCCAUUAAUUCCCAGGGAAAGGGUAUGAGCCAUGAAGUCCGGGUGAACGUACAGUACGCACCUAUUUGUACACAACCGGCCACAACCAAUACUACCGUACGUAUCAUAUCAUUGGACGAUAAACUGAAACUGGUCUGUCAAAUGGACGCCGAACCCAGUACUGGCCUACAGUUUCAGUGGACGUCCAACUUGACUACGAGACGAUUUCUAGUCAACCAGGACUAUAUCAUCAGCACCGGUACCCAAACCAGUAGUACACUGAUACUGGAUCCCCGGGCCCAGAUGUCGGCCCCCGAAAUCAUACAAUGUUUGGCCACGAAUCGAGUAGGUUCGGUACGCCAGCCGUGUACCUAUCAGUUUYGGCCGCCUCGACGACCCGAACCGGUAACCGAUUGUCACAGUCGUAAUCGGACUACCAGUUCGCUGGUUGUCGACUGUCUGGCCGGCAAUGAUGGCGGCCUCAGGCAAUCGUUUCGGYUGGAAAUCUACGACGAUAUGCUGGACGGCCAGCGACUGGUAUUCAACGAAACUAGUGAUACUCAGCCAGUGUUUACCGUUGUUGACGGUUUGUUGGCCUCGCAGACAGUCUAUUCGGGUGUCGUCUAUGCCGUCAACCAAUUGGGCAAUAGCUUGCCGUUUGAUAUCAAACUACAAACACAUAAGUUAUUGAAUAAAAAAUUUGUACUGGACAGUAGUCCUCAAUCGGAUGUAGUCUACGACAUGUGGACAGUACUGAUAGCCGCCAUCAUUGUUAUCGUAUUGUUGUUGAUAAUUAUCAUAACGAUUAUCGGCUGCAAAAUACGUGGCGGCCGUCGACGGGCCGCUGCCGGUGCUGGCGGUGAUGGCGGCGGCGGCGGCGGCGGCGGCGAUGGUCAACAAAAUAGUGGACAUAAAUUGAACAAAUCAUCCGAUAGUAAUCAAUUAGAUGAUAAUAUUUUAACCACGACAUCACCAUCAUAUCAUCAGAUGAAUAGCUAUCUAUCACAACAACAACAACAACAACAGCAACUUAAACAACAACAAUAUAAUCAAUCAAACGGUGAUAUUGUUUCAACAAACCAGAGCCUACUAUUAAAUGAUAGUCAAAAAUAUACAAUAUAUUUGGUGCCAAAUAAUAGCGGUGUCGGYGUCGGCGGCGGCGGACUUGUCUGCGACCAGACUAUACUGGAUCUGAUGGCCAAUGAUAUUGUUAUCAGAAAUCCUGAUCUGAUUCCGCAAAUAUAUGGCGAUUUUGACGGCAUUGACAGUAUGACUGAUCGGACGAUAACCGAUUGCCAGUCAUCGACAGCGACGGCAACGCCGACAAUGAUAUGCCGGUCAUCGCCGCUGACUAUGAUGUCAUCGACAACAACAACAACGACAACAACUGGUAGUAGUAGUAUUGGUAGCGCAGGUGGUGUUCAUCAAUCAAACAGUAGUUUAAGUUCAGCCAAAUGUGAGCGAUGGGUAUCCGUUAACAACCGCUGUCUGACAUAA